AUGACCCUGUACCAGCUCCGGACGAACCUCCUUCAAGACCCACUAUGCGUGGAUUCACCUGCACCCGAAUUCUCAUGGAAGAUCUCAGCCACCUCCCUCCGCACAGCUCAAAGCGCAUACGCCAUCGAAGUCGCCACCACUCCCACAUUUACAGCAGACUCCAUCGUCUGGAAGACGUCCAAAAUUGCAUACGUUGACCAAUUCGGCAUCGUCUACGCUGGCGCACCGUUAUCCAGCUUCACUCGCUACUAUUGGCGCCUCCACAUCUGGGAUCAGCACAACACCGCUUCCGACUGGAGCGAACCCGCCUCCUUCGAGACUGCUGCCCUGGAUCCCUCUCUUUGGAGCGCACAGUGGAUAUCGCCAGUGGUUGACAAGUCUCGCAACACCAGCCCGGCCUAUCUCCAUGCCACCCUCGCCCUCCCCAUCGCAAAAACGAUUCAUCGCGGCCGCGCCUACGCCAGCGCGCUCGGCUGGUAUCGGCUCUUGAUCAAUGGGCACGAUGUGACCGGCGAUGCGCUAGUGCCCCGGUGGACCCCUUUCGACCAGAUCGUCGAGUACCAGGCCUACGACGUCGGCAGAUAUCUCCAGCCUGAGGCAAAUUCAAUCAGUAUUGUAGUCGGUGAUGGCCGCUUCCGUGGAUUCCUUGGCAUGUUUGACGGCAGAGAGAGGUAUGGUGAUAGGCUGGCGGCAUGGGCGCAUUUUGAAAUGGAGCUGGAGGGAGGGGAAAGGCUGAGGUUUGGGACAGGGAAGGAGGGGUGGUGGGCAGACCAAGGGACAAUUGUGGCAUCGGAUCCCAGGCUGGGGGAGCAUGUGGAUAUGCGUAUCAGAGGUAUGCCGGCGGAAAAUGUGGAAGUGGUGCGGCCGUUGGCCCAACGGCUGGUUGCAGAGUCGGUGGAGAGGGUGCGGUGUACCGAGUGCAUCCUGGCGAAGCAGGUAUUCAAGACGCCGUCGGGUAGGCAGAUUGUCGAUUUUGGCCAAAAUUUCGCCGGUUGGAUCAGGAUCAAGCUUCACGGGCCCGCAGGGCGUCGGGUAGUGUUGACAUACAGCGAGGUAUUGACGAAGGGCGGGGAACUGGACACGAGCUAUCUCUGCCCUCCCCUCCGACUUGCACCUCAGCAGGAUUCUGUGAUACUUUCCGACGAUGGAUUGUGGUUCGAGACAUGGUUCACCAUUCACGGCUUCCGCUACGUCGAGAUCCAAGGUCUCGACCAUCUCGUUGACCCUGCCAACGUCCAAGGCAAAGUCGUCCAUUCCUCCUUUCCACGCACUGGCCACUUCGCCUGCUCCAACCCAGCCAUCGAACGCAUCUACCGCAACCUACUCUGGAGCGUCCGCUCGAACUUCACCGACAUACCCACCGACUGCCCAACGCGCGAGCGCUCCGGCUGGACCGGCGACAUCCAGGUCUUCGCGCCAGCCGCGACCAUGUUCUUCGACUGUCAGGCCCUCUUCCGGCACUAUCUGCGCUCACUCUCUCUCGAGCAGCUACCCGACGGCACGGUGCCACCAUUUGUUCCGAGUCAAGCAUCGGAAUUCUCUGGUGGAAUGGGCUGGUUCCCGAGAAAGACAGCGCAGGCGACUGGUUGGGGCGAUGCGGCAGUGUUAUUGCCCUGGACGGUGUAUCGGUAUUAUGGAGAUUUGAAGGUGCUCAGGGAUCAGUAUGCGAGUAUGCAACGGUGGGUAGAUCAACUGGAACAAAGAGCCCGGACGCAGAAGAGCUGGCGCAGGUGGUUGUUUGGCGGCGUUGGUGACGGUGAAAAAUACAUCGUCGACACCGGUUUCGAUUGGGGGGAGUGGCUGCGUCCCGGCGAGGGUCCUGCCAUGAGCUUGUUUCGCCAGGCGUUGGUGGGAAAUCCGUGUAUUCCGACGGCCUACCUCGCCCAUUCGAGCAGCGUAUUGUCCAAGAUUGCAAAGAUAUUAGGUUUAGACGAUGAUGCUACGUACUACGAGACGCUAGCAGCCUCCACCCGCAACGCAUGGCGCACCGCCUUCGUCCGUCAAGAAGGCCAAGAUAUGCGCAUCGGAAAUGACACGCAAGACGAGUACGUCCGCGCCCUGUCCUUCGACCUCCUUGAGCCCGAGCAGGAAACAGCCGCCGUAUCCCGCCUCUGCCAACUCAUCGAGCACGUGGGCUUCCACCUCGGAACCGGCUUCCUCAGCACCGUCAUGUUGCUCCCCACACUUGCCUCACACGGUAGAGCCGACGUCGCCUUCCGUCUUCUUCUGCAGGAUACGAAGCCGUCCUGGCUUAGCCUUCUCGAGAAGGACGCCACCACCUUUUGGGAAACUUGGGAGGGCUACGACUCCAAGGGGAACGCUUCCUACUCGCAUAAUCAUUAUGCACUCGGUGCUUUUGCGAUUUGGCUAGAAGAGGGUCUGGCCGGUCUCACACCGGCUGAGCCGGGGUACCGACGUAUACGUGUGGCGCCGCUGGUUGGUGGUGGCAUUACCAGCGCCUCUGCUUCGAGAGACACACCUUUUGGUCUUGCUAAAGUCUCAUGGGAACUUAAAGAUGGAAUCAUGCAUUUGGAAGUCGAGAUACCACCCGGCACCACGGCUGAUGUAUACCUUGGUUCAGAGAAACGAUGUUUCCUCAUCCUCUGA